CGUGCCUCUAGCUGCAGCUGAGCCAGAUUUGUGCGCACACAGAACUUUACGCAUCUGGUCGUCAUCAGCAGCAGCGGCCACUCUUCCUGCUCAUAUGUGGCUCAAACCGAGGAGGAAGAGAACGUCUUCUUCUUCUUCUUAUAUGAUUUCUUGAAAUUGAAAAAAAAAAACGCGACUGGACGAACACGGGUCGGUCAUUUUCUUCUCUGACUCGUACUGCUGGAUGUAUUGGCUGUAAAAAGAUUUAGUGGGGAAAGCAGGAACAAGUUCGUUUGAGAACUCCGUUGCUGAUUUGGAUGUGAACAGAUCCACCCUCUGCUCGGAAGUCCCGAGUUUUUAUCUGGCUGUGUUUUUCUAGAGGCGCUGCUAGUGCUUUCUGCAUGCACGGAUCUACUUGGCUCACUUGCGCUUCUCUUUCUUAUUACCGCUCUCUUUUUUUCCGCUGGUUCCCACUUGCGUCAUGACUUCUAGCUAUGCACAUGUAAUGGACAGGCAAGCUACGAUACCAAACCGCCUGGAGAGCCCAAUCACGUCUAACCUGGACAACUUGCAAGCCAAAAAGAACUUCUCAGUCAGCCAUCUGUUGGAUCUGGAAGAGGCCGGGGAAAUGGUCGGUACCCAGGCAGACGAGAGCGUCGGGGAGACGGGGAGAAAUAUGCUGGAAUCUCCGGGGCUGACUAGCGGGAGCGACACGACCCAGCAGGAAAAUGAACAGAUGAACACAGAGGAGAAGAAGAAGAGGAAGCAGCGCAGGAACAGGACCACCUUCAACAGCAGCCAGCUCCAAGCUCUGGAGAGGGUGUUUGAGAGGACACACUACCCCGAUGCUUUCGUCAGAGAAGAUCUGGCUCGCCGGGUCAACCUCACCGAGGCUAGAGUGCAGGUGUGGUUUCAGAACAGGAGAGCUAAGUUCCGCAGGAAUGAGAGAGCUAUGCUGGCCAGCAAAAAUGCCUCGCUCCUCAAAUCUUACUCAGGAGAUGUGACGGCAGUGGAGCAGCCAAUUGUGCCUCGCCCUGCACCUCGCCCCAACGACUACCUAUCUUGGGGGAGUGCUGCGCCCUACAGGAGAAACGACUGGCAAGCAUGUAUGCCUAAAAUAGUGCCAUGGCUACCUACCCACCCACCUGCUCCAACACCAAUACAUCCCAGGGAAUGAACAUGGCCAACAGCAUUGCCAAUCUGCGACUCAAAGCCAAGGAGUACAGCUUGAACCAGGUGCCCACAGUCAACUGAAACACUGAGAGGCUAGGGGAUCCCAGGGGAAGGGAAGGAGCCCUCUCUACUACAAGACCCCCCAGACCCAGAGAAGGACAUUGUCUCUGGGAUGAACAUUAUUCCACAUACUCUGGAUCAAGAAGUAUUCUUUUCUUUCUGGAGCAGCCAUGAUGGUAUACUACUAUCAAUGUACCAAUGUGCAAAAGUGCAAAAGCGUGUGAUGGCAGGAUUUUCCCCAAGCCAAGUUUUCUUUUUCUCCUCAGCAUCACUGAAUUCUUGUUCACACAAAAAGACAUCUAGACUGGAUGCUGUAGCCAAAUAUCUGCACAGUUUUGCAUUUGUGAUUGUGACUUAAAUGGAGGGUUAGUUCCAGUCAGAGAACUUGCUUAAAUGGAGACUCAUAUGGACUACAUGGAAUCCCACUUUUUCUAUGGUGUUGGAUAAAAUUACACACCAUAAUUGGGAUCAUCUACUUUCUUUCUUUUUAUGUCUUCAACAAAAUGACAAUGACUUCCUCUGACAUUUAUACAAUUUAAAUUUUUUUUCACAUUUCUUUCCAUUUUAUACCACUGACAAACAAACAUUUUCAACACAUUUUGAAUUUCAUGUAAUAGUCCAAUAUAAAGGAGAGGCUAAUGUAUUUCUGAAUCCAAAAUCAGUAGAUAAUUUCAUAUGAUAUCCUUUAUUUGUAACAGAAUAAAAACUUGUAUAUGAAUAAACAUGCGUUUCAAGCAAUAAAAUUGCAGUUUCAACACA